AUGCGUUCGUACUCUCCAGAGAACUACCAAAACUUUGUCAAGGAGUCGUGCUUCACGGUGUACAUGAAUCCGUGGACCAAAGACGAGUGCCAGAGCUUUGUCGAUGGCAUUGGUUUGAACGAAGACGAGUGGUUCCACAGAUUCUACCUCGUUGGGGGCAAGCCGCGCCUCUUGUUUUCAUCUUCUGAGGAGUUUGAUGACCUGGUGCAGCGUGUGAAGGACGCGAUUCCCGAGAAUAUCGACGGGCUAAAGGAGCAGGUUCGCCUCUUCCAGAGUCAAGUGUUCGACGGCCGGAUGAAGCACACUGCAGUCGAGGGCGAGCGCUCAAGCGAUGGCCGGCGGCCUCGUCGCGGGUGCUGGGACGAACUGCGCGCCCUGGACUUGGAGCGCGCGGCGCGCAUGGUCAAAAUGGUAGAAGUGUAG